AUGUCACCCGACGAUUCCCCCGCUGCUGCCAACAACCUCAACAUCGCCGAUGGCGAGAUCGAGUCGAACUGGGAGACGGUGAUUGACAACUUUGACAACAUGGAGCUCAAGGACGAACUGCUCCGUGGUGUCUACGCUUACGGUUUCGAACGUCCCUCGGCUAUCCAGGCUCGUGCCAUCCUCCCCGUCAUCAAGGGUCACGAUGUCAUUGCUCAGGCUCAGUCCGGUACGGGCAAGACGGCUACCUUCUCCAUUGCCAUCUUGCAGCGCAUCGACCCUAGCAUCCAGGCCGUUCAGGCUCUUAUCCUUGCCCCCACCCGCGAGCUUGCCCAGCAGAUUCAGAAGGUCGUCAUUGCUCUUGGCGACUACAUGAAGAUCAACUGCCACGCCUGCAUUGGCGGCACCAACGUUCGCGAGGACAUGGCUAAGCUCAACGAGGGUGCUCAGGUCGUUGUUGGCACUCCCGGUCGUGUCUACGACAUGAUCAACCGACGUGCUUUCAAGACGGAUCAGCUCAAGAUGUUCUGCCUUGACGAGGCCGACGAGAUGCUUUCCCGUGGUUUCAAGGACCAGAUGUACGAGGUCUUCCAGCUUCUUCCUCAGGACACUCAGUGUGUCCUUCUCUCGGCCACCAUGCCUCACGAGGUUCUCGAGGUGACCAAAAAGUUCAUGCGUGAGCCCAUCCGCAUUCUCGUCAAGCGCGACGAACUUACCCUUGAAGGUAUCAAGCAGUUCUACGUCGCCGUCGAGAAGGAAGAGUGGAAGCUCGAAACCCUCUGCGAUCUUUACGAGACGGUUACCAUCACUCAGGCCGUCAUCUUCUGCAACACCCGUAGAAAAGUCGACUGGCUUACCGACAAGCUCACCGCUCGUGAAUUUACCGUUUCCGCCAUGCACGGUGAUAUGGAACAGGGCCAACGCGAGAUCAUCAUGCGUGAAUUCCGUUCCGGUUCUUCCCGUGUUUUGAUCACCACCGAUCUCCUCGCUCGUGGUAUCGACGUUCAGCAAGUCUCCUUGGUCAUCAACUACGAUUUGCCCAGCAACCGUGAAAACUACAUUCACCGUAUCGGCCGUGGCGGUCGUUUCGGUCGUAAGGGUGUUGCCAUCAACUUUGUCACCUCGGAUGACGUCAGGAUGCUUCGUGACAUUGAGCAGUUCUACUCGACUCAGAUCGAUGAGAUGCCUCUCAAUGUCGCCGAUCUUAUCUAA